CGCGAAGACCCAUCGGAUGCGAUAGUAUUGAAAUCAGGUCUUCAUUUGGAUAAACCGCUUGACAUACUGUUUGACACAAAGGCAGGCACUAUAGGCACGUCAUCCCUCAGACGUAUCGCACAAUUAAAACAAUUAAAUCCUGAGAUAAAGAUCCAAGACGUGAGAGGAAACCUCAACACUAGACUCGCAAAGCUUGACGACAAGAACGGCGAUUAUUCUGCGUUAAUCCUGGCUUCGGCUGGCCUUAAGAGAUCCGAUUUUAACGGUCGUAUAUCACAUCAGUUGCGGGACAACUGGUAUUACGCUGUAGGCCAGGGGGCGCUCGCCAUCGAGACCCGAGUCGGCGAUACAUUUACUUUGGAUCUAUUGAAGCCAUUGAUUGAUUUGAAGACCACUUAUGAAUGUUUGGCCGAAAGGACUUUUAUGCAGCAGUUGGAAGGCGGCUGUUCGGUGCCCAUCGGUGUCCACACCUCAUGGAAUAACGACAAUCAAUCGCUGCUCACUUUGGAAGGCAUUGUCCUCAGUCUCGACGGCCGCACAAAAGUGCAAAACAAGAUGACUAUUGAUUUGAACGAACGGUUAGUGAACGCAAAUAUAGACGACAGUUCGUGUCCAUUCAAUUACACAGAUAUCGCCAUCAAUCAGAUGUCAGACCAUAUAGUAGUGAAUAAACUAAGAAAUAGUGCAAUACUUGGCUAUGAAUUGGCCCAGAGUUUGACAGAGUUGGGAGCGAAACGUAUAUUGGAUGCCAUUAAACGUCAAUAA